AUGCCGCCCAAGCGUGCUGCUGCAACGCGCGCAGUCUCUGCUGCCGCUGACGCAAAGGCCGCCAUGGCCACUUCCUCCAAGAAGUCUGUUACCAAGAACGCGUCAACCAACGGCACCACCGGCAAGGUCACCAAGCCCGCCGGCACCAAAGUUACCAAGUCUGUUGCUGCAAAGAAGGCUGUUGCCGCGGCUGAGAUUGCCACUUCCCGCAAGAAGGCCGCCACGAAGGGCGACGAAUCCGAUAAGGAAAACAAGGCUAAGAAGGCUGCUGUCAAUGGCGUCAAGCGCAAGCGCGACGUCGACGAGGAGCAAGUGAAUGGAGUCGACGAGGAGACAAAGACCGGCCGCCGCGCCGCCAAGCGCGCGAAGAGCCAGCCCGCCGAGGAGGCUGCUACUAUGCAGAACGACAAGGAAGUUGACAGCACUAACAAGGAGGAUGAGACCACUGAUGACACCAAUAUUGCCGCCAAGUCUGCAUCCGCCAUCAGGAAGCGCAAGGCCGACGAGCCUGCUACCAAGCCUGCCAUGAAGCGCCCUGCUCGGGAGCUGAAAGUCAUUAAUGAACCCCCUACUCAAGUCAUGGACGUUUUUGUUUUCGGCGAGGGCACCGCCGGCGAGCUCGGUCUCGGUAGCGUCCGUUACGAUGGCAAGAAGCCUAUUGAUGUCAAGCGUCCCCGUAUCAACCAUAACCUCAAGAACGUUGUUCAGAUUGCUUGCGGUGGCAUGCACGUUGCUGCUCUCACCAAGGAUAAUAAGAUUCUUACUUGGGGCGUCAACGAUCAGGGUGCUCUUGGUCGCGACACCACCUGGGAUGGCGGUCUACGUGACAUCAAUGAAGAGGACUCCGAUGAUGACGACAAUGACGACACUGGUAUGAACCCUAAGGAGAGCACGCCUGGCGAAAUUGAUACCACGGAUAUUCCUGAGGGCACCCGCUGGGUCCAGGUCGUUGCCAGCGACAGCGCUACUUUUGCUCUGACUGACACUGGUCUCGUUUAUGGCUGGGGCACUUUCCGCUCCAAUGAGGGCAUCCUCGGCUUUAGUAAGAACGUUCUCGUCCAGCGCACCCCUACUCUUGUCCCUGGCCUCUCUAAGAUCAAGAAGCUUGCCGCUGGUCUCAACCACAUCCUCGCCAUGGACGAAAAGAACAAGAUCUACGCCUGGGGUGCCGGUCAGCAGGCCCAACUUGCCCGUCGUCUUCUCGAGCGCGAUGAGGGCAGCACCGGUCUUCAGCCCACUGGCAUUGGCUCGCUCCCCCACCGCGCUAAGCCAGACAUGAUUGCCUGCGGCUCUUAUCACUCUUUCGUAAUCGACACCAAGAAGCGUGUCUAUGGUUGGGGCCUUAACAACUAUGCCGAGCUCGGCAUUGAGGACGGCGUCGGCCAGGAGGGUUCUUAUCUCAUGCGCCCUCAACUCAUCGAAGCACUAGCCGGCUACAAGAUUGUGGACAUUGCUGGCGGCGAGCACCAUUCGCUCGCGUGCACUGAGGACGGCAAGCUCCUCACCUGGGGCCGCAUCGACGGCCAUCAAGUCGGCCAGCCCUCCGAGUCCUUCUCCGAGGACAAUACCGUUUGGGACGAGCGCCAGAAGCCGCGCAUUCUCAUUUUCCCGACUGUUGUCCCCAACAUUGAGGGCGUGGUCAAGGUGGCUGCUGGCACUGACCACUCGUUCGCCGUCACCAAGGAUGGCAAGGUUUACUCUUGGGGCUUCUCGGCCAAUUACCAGACGGGCCAGGGGACCACUGACGACAUUGAAGCCCCGACACUGAUCGAUAACUCGGCGAUCAGGGAUCGCAAGAUCAUCUUCGCUGGUGCCGGUGGCCAGUAUGGCAUCCUCGGCGCCUUGCCCCUCGAGGAUCAGGGAGAGAACUAA